AUGUCAAGUAAAGCCGAAGUUUACAGCGCGUGGCUUGCGGCAGGCGCCAGGGGUGACGCCGCCACGAUGCGCAAGCUCUGGAGCCAGUUCCCGCAGUGGCUUGAGUUCAACCAGCAAGUUGGCGACGCUGCGUUGGACUCGGAGUCCCAGCGGCAGGCGAGGUUCUGCAGCUGGGGGGACUUCCACUUGCACACCAUCGGAGCGUCAGCGCUCCACACUGCCGCAUGGGGCGGGAAGCUCGACAUCGUGCAGUUCCUUCUGGAUUCGGGCCAGGAUCCGAACGCGGCCGACGACAGCGGCAUGACGGCUAUGAUGGUAGCCAUCCUGCACCUCAACCUGCUGACCAUGCGCUGCGUGUUCCGCGAUGGUGAGGCUGUGCGCCGCAACACAGUCGUGGAUUGUCGAGAAGAGCAAGAGGAGAGAGUGCAACUCGUGCUAGCGGUGAUCAAGUUACUGCUCCAGUAUGGGGCCGAUGUGGACGCUCGCAGCAAGGUAGACGCAUGCGCUGCUAACUCUCAAUUUUCGUGCCGAUAG